AGCCAAUUCAUUUUUUCAGCAGCCUUCUUCUCAGAAUCACAGACCAUCGGUUGUAAACACCGCCACGAAUCCUCUGCAUAUGUUUCAACCCUUUCUUCCGUUUCCACGCGUACACUAACCAACAGAGACGCCACCGUAGCACGCCAGCACUCCGGGCAGUCCAGCAUCGGCUGCAUCGCACCUCUCCCAGUCCGCGGGCUCAGCAGUUGUACCACUCCGCCCACUCGCACGCCAAGUCUCCGCUACAACCUGCAGGACCGGCCCUCGGCAAGGAAUCAGUAGCAAGCUCUUUCGUUUCCAAGAUGAACCUCCGCAAUUUCAAAACCAGUGUUUAUUAUCCCUCCGUUUCCCCACAGAUUAGACUGACUCCUACCUUCAAUAUCCCACGUAUACAACACCAAAAGCCUUGUACCUCUCUUGAGGUUCCUCUAAGCAUUUGUUCCAAGCCAACUGCUAACAAAAGUCACACACUUGGAGGAUCGUCUCUACAUUUCCCAUUGCAAAAGAGAGCUCAAUUAGGCAAGACAUUUUGCUCUGUUGGGAUCUGUACAUAUCCUGAAAGUGUAAAUGAAUUUCAAUCACAUACACAUGAAGAGAAGACAGGAGUGCUUCUUUUGAACCUUGGAGGGCCAGAUACACUUCAUGAUGUUCAACCAUUCCUUUUCAAUCUGUUUGCUGAUCCUGAUAUUAUACGCCUCCCCAGGUUAUUUCAAUUCCUUCAGCGCCCAUUAGCACAAUUAAUAUCUGUUCUACGAGCUCCCAAAAGUAAGGAAGGCUAUGCUGCAAUUGGAGGCGGUUCACCUCUGCGAAGAAUCACAGAUGAUCAGGCAAAUGCUUUAAAAGUGGCACUGAUAGAGAAGGAAGUCUCUGCUAAUGUCUACGUUGCUAUGAGAUACUGGCACCCAUUUACUGAGGAAGCUGUCCAACAGAUCAAACGAGAUAGAAUUACGAGGCUUGUUGUGUUACCUCUAUAUCCUCAAUAUUCCAUCUCGACGACUGGAUCAAGCAUCCGUGUUCUUCAGAAUAUUUUUGGGAGAGAUCCAUAUUUGAGUAGACUACCUGUGGCUAUCAUACAGUCAUGGUAUCAACGACAGGGUUACAUCAUGUCCAUGGCUGACUUGAUUGAGAAGGAGGUUAAAAAAUUUCCACAGCCUGAUGAGGCAAUGAUAUUCUUCAGUGCACAUGGGGUACCUGUCAGUUAUGUUGAGGAUGCUGGUGAUCCAUACAGGGAUCAGAUGGAAGAAUGCAUUUCACUGAUAAUGCAAGAACUGAAAUCAAGAGGAGUUAACAAUGAGCAUACUUUGGCUUACCAGAGCCGAGUUGGACCCGUACAGUGGUUGAAACCUUACACUGAUGAAGUUCUUGUUGAACUUGGAAAGAAAGGAGUGAAAUCUCUGCUGGCUGUUCCAGUGAGCUUUGUGAGUGAGCACAUAGAGACACUUGAAGAGAUUGAUAUGGAAUACCGAGAGUUGGCUCUUGCAUCCGGAAUUGUGAAUUGGGGCAGGGUCCCAGCCCUCAACUGCACCUCCACGUUCAUAACUGACCUCGCAGAUGCGGUGAUCGAAGCUCUUCCGUCUGCCAUUGCAGCAGUCUCAACAUCACCCAACUCCUCCCCAACUGAAGAAGCUGACAUGGAUCCCUUGCGGUACAUAACCAAGAUGCUUUUGGGCUCCAUUUUGACGUUUGUUUUGCUCUUUUCCCCAAAGAUGCUCUCGGCAUUCAAGAAACACCUUCUUUGAGUAGGAUGAGGAGGAAGGAUUAUCAGGUGGUGCAAGGGUUUAAUCCUUUCUUAAGACGUGGUAUAUCAACACAUUAUUGUAUCCAGACAAAAUUUAAUACAGUGAAACACGUAAACGAUACCCAAAUGCAAAAGUUUUAAAACUUUCAUACGGUAUUGUAUAUAGUAUACAAAAAAUUGUGGUUCCCCAACCUAAAUAAUAUCAAGUGCAUUGAGAAAGGAUGAUUUUCAUUAAAUACCACUAUAUCUGUUCCAUUGUAAAGUUCUCAUAAGGCGGAAUAGUAUGUUAACUUUUAUACUCCGUAUUUAAUUUUAAUUGAUUAGGAUUCAGAUAAUUAUGUUAACUUUUAAUUUUAGAAUUUAAACGUGACGCAUGUUCAACUCAAUUACCAAUAGCCGACAGCGGACUAGCUAGUUGACAGUUAGUAGUCACAUUGUUAAACACCCCUAUGGAUGGACCCGUGCCGGUUCGGGCCUGGGCCCAGCCGGGUUUUUUUUGGGAAUGGGUGAA